AUGAAUAACAAAAAAAGACAAAGCAAUAGGGUCCCUGACACAGACACAGCUAAGGGUAUAAAAUAUUACCCUGAGGAGGAGCUCGCCGCUCUGAUCCGCUCUCUAAACCGCGACGAAGAUCACCACAUCUUUGCUCAGGACGUGCUUCUCACGUAUCCCUAUCUGGCUGAGUCCUACACGAAGGUGUGCCCCCAACGUUGCGAUCUCGCCACGGCUGCUGCCAAGGCCCUCGAUGGUAACUACAGUUACAGCCCCAGCCUGUUAGAGCUAAGAAGUGAUCUGCAACUAAUGGUGAAUAACUGCGUGCGCUUCAACGGUAGUGAAAGUCCUCUGGCUGAAACAGCGGAGAGCUUUGAAAGCUUUUUCAACCAAAAAUUGGACGAAUAUAUCCAAAGUAAAACUUGUGGUCGACGCAUGUCAUCUCUGCGACUUCAGCAACAGUGGCAACAACCACAAAAACAAUUCUCUGCAUCGCGGAGAGGCCCAUCAUCAAACCACCAAUCUUUCACCAAUCGUGAUGUGGUGAGUCUCGUUAACUCCCUCGUGAGGCGCGAUGACGCAGGGGCUUUCGUUGUCGAUGUCGCAGCAACUUAUCCAGAGCUUCGAGAAAGCUAUAAUGCAAUUUGCCCGAACCCAAUGAAUCUCAGGAUAGCAAAGGAGCGUGCACAGGCUGGCUACUAUACCCGAACUGCCACUGGGGUAUCCGAUGCGCAUUCUCAGGAUACCACUAAUGCUAUCUCAGAGGCUGCAUGUUUUGGUCCAACGAUCGCAGACUCACUGUCCUCUCUCCGAGAGGAUGUUGAACUCAUUGUAAGCAACUGCAUCCGAUUCAACGAGCAGAUUGAGAGUUGGGUAAACUUAGCGCGGUCCUUCCAAAAGUUCGCGCACCAGCGAAUAGACGAAUUCGUACUGCGUCACGAGCCAGGGCUCCGUGGAACUCAAACCGGAACUGAACGCUACUGUCCUUCUGAAGGCAAUGUUGCAGGUGGCGACAACCAUCUAAGUAAAGAUACAGACUCAAGUGAUGCAGUCUCUGAGCCUUCUUCCUUAUCCAUGGAGGAGCACCAGACCCAGCAUCCACUGGCGACCGAGGAGAAUGCGCCGAAGCAUCGUGGUAGCUGGGGUCAACUUGCCGCGGAAGGUAACGCGACCAUGGAACCCAUUGCAACGACAUCGAGGGGUCUUGAUAACAAUAAAAAAAAGACACUCAAGUGGGCCGAGAUUUUACCCCAACCGUUGCUGGUGCACACAUGCGAGGGUGUCAGGCCAGACAUAAAGCCAUCGCCCCUGCAACCCUCGCUGCACAUUCCAGAUCACCUUCGCAGGCGAAUUGUGGUUGAUUACCUUCUUCGCGAGCGAAUCGGACUCCGACUAGUAGGGAAACGCGUAUGGAUACCUUUUCUGCGAGAUCCCCCAAGCCCUGGCGUAGAAGCAAUCAUGGGCUCGAUACUAAACGAUGCCAAUGAUGCAGCGAUCAUCAGACCAAGUAAAGAUGAUGGCGAAAAUGGCAGCGCUGAUGACUUGCUUAUUGAGGAUCACAUGAGUGCACAAGCAGUGCUGAAUGCCUUCGUGAAAUCCGUCAAGGACUUCUACCAUAAGCAACGUUCGCGAUCCGACUUUGAGAACGUUUUUCAGUACAGUGUGGAGGACGAGGCGGUGUACACGCGUGUACUGGAUAUUGUCGGUCGGGAAUUCAAUCGUUUACUGCCAUUUGCAUUCUUGUAUGAAAUAGAGGCUGCGGAGUUGCAUGCAUGGUCUGCCGAGCGCGCUGUAGAUACCAUUUUGAGCCCUUUGCGGGAGGGCAAAAGACAACGUCUCGAAAUCCCAGGAAGUGGCGAUAACACAGAUCCACAUCACUAUGGUUCCACUGAGUACGAAGAGAGAGACGAAAGCUCCAAUUCUAAGACUUUAGAGGUAGGUUACAGUGACUGGAGUCCCUCGGCGUACGUGCACUAUAGCUAUUUAGUACGUUUUUUAGUUCACUUCCCGCAGAUGGCAUCACUGUGUUGUGCAAACCGCAGCGACGCAGCAAAAGGUGCAAUUACGACAACCCCAACAACAUUACGGAUCCAAAAGUGCUUACUAGACGUAAUUAAGCAAGUCACAAAAGUCGUGGAAGAGUUUCUCGUGUUUAUUGAUGGCUACGAACGGCGACUGCAAUACACUGUUUGA